AAACAGAGGCUGGCUUCAAAAAGGAAAAAGACAAGAAUUUGUUAAGCUUUAGGUAGAAAUCUCAAAAUGUAAGGGAUCUGGGAAUCAACUGUAUUCUGCUGUAAGCUAGAAGCUGGCUCUUCUCCUGCUGUUAAGCAUGAAGAUGAUGGAAUAAAUCAUGAAGAUUGCAAUGAAGAAAAUAAUUCAUGGAUUUCUGUCUGCGAAGAUUUGUCCAUAGCAGCAGAUGAUCUCCUUUUCAGUUCAUCGUCUAGAGGAAAACGUUUCAUCCAGAAUUCAGAGGAGUUCACUGCACUACCACUAGGAGAGAAAUUUAAACAAACACAGCAGCAUGAGAAGAAUUCCAUUGAAGAAUCAUAUGGGCGUGAAGUGAAUGAGAAUAACAGAGAAAAAUUGCCAGCAUGUGGCAACAGCCAUAAUGUACAAGAGGAUUUCACCUCACGCCAUGCUUCAGUGACUAAGCCAGUCUCAAAUUGCCAGUUAUUGGCUGAAAAGUCAUUCAAAAGUAACCCAUCAUCACAGUGUCGUGUCUCAGACGCAACUUCAACUAAAGAACCAGAAUCAGAAGUUGAUAAUACUAAAUCAAGAUAUUGUCUGCGCAAGUCCAAAUUUUGCCCAUUUCCAGUCAUGCCAACUCUGCCAGAAGAAGAUGAGGAAUCAGCAGAGGAGCUUAGAGACUCUCCGACUAAUCAUCCCAAAAGGAGCAGUGCACCUUCCAUUGUCUUCCACAAGGAAACUUUCCCUGUUGACCAGGAGUUUACCAAACUGACAGAGAACAGACCUCAUAGUCCCAACAUGCGACACUGGCAUUCAAGAAGCUCAUUAUCAAGUCCAAUUACUACAGUUGACAUUGCAGGCCAUGUUAUUGAUCUGAUAAAUGAUAAAUUGCCAGAUGUUCAGCUAUCAGAUGAAGAUAAGAAAAAAAAUUUAGAACUGCUGGAAGAAGCAAAAAAAGCCAGCGAACAUUUUUCAAUGCGCAGAGGUCGACGUUCAACAUGCAGCAUCUCAGACUCACCAACAGCUGUCUCUCCAGCACCCACUCCAAGAUCAUCUCCUGUGCCUUCCAGAAGUAGCUCCCUUACUAUAACACCCCAGCUAGAUGGAGCUACAGCCAUUUUAGAUGGAAGCUCUACUACACCUCAGUUGCUUUUGGAUGUCCCAGGAGCCAAAGAAACUGCUGAUAGCAAAAUUGUGGAGUUCAAGAACUCUAGGAAGGGCAUUGUGGAUCAGAAAUGUAAUGAUCAAAAGAAAGCUGCUCAACAAAAAGCAACGAUGCCUUGUUUUGCCUCCUUCGGCAGUUCAAAUGAAAUGUCUUUGCAAAAGGAAAACUGGGAUCCACUGCUGGUUUCUUCUAAAUCUUCAAACAAUUAUACUGAAACUAAAAAAGGAAGCUUAGCACAAAACCAAAAAUCUCAAGAAAAUGUACUUGUUACGGCUACAGCUAAGAGCUUAUUGGAAUACAAUGAACCCACUAGCAGAAUACCUCAAACAUCUGGGUUUUGCCAAAGCAAUACAAAUUCCAGUUCAAAGACUUCUACUGUGAAUCAGCUUGACACAACAGGAGAAUGCAUUGCCGAAGUAAGGUCCUUUGGAGCUUGUCCACCUAUCAUGAGGGCUGUUUCUUGGGAUAAUGUUGAACAGGCAACAGUAAUAAACAGAGCUCCUAGUUCACCCACCAAGACAAAUGAAAGCUUUGGUUUUCCUGACAUAACAAGUAGCCAGCUCCUGAAUUCAUCAGGAUACAAAGACUUCCCAAUUCAACCCAUGAAAAAGCAAAAACUAGCCAAACUUCGAGAGGAACAUAAGUUAAUGCGAAACCAAAGUCUGGCUGGAUCAAAGCUUCCAGAUCUCAGUGAGACAGCUGAACAUGAAGGAGGACCAUCUUCUCAGUCAUUUCCUUGUCAAACCUCAGAAGAGCACCCAACAGGAAGCAGAGAUGUGAUGCCAAAUAUUUCUGACAUAAUGCUGCACAAACUCAAACUUCACAAACCUCCUGGCAGUUCUCCUUUACUCUCAGAAAAAGAAGUUGAGACUGCCUUUGUACAGCUCUCUUUAGCAUUUCGUAAUGACAGCUACACUCUGGAAACAAGACUUAAACUCGCGGAGCGAGAAAGAAACGUGACAGAAGAGAAUACUGAAAAGGAGCUAGAGGAGUUUAAAGGAGCCCUUAAGAGCACUGUCAUUCAAUUGCAAACCUUAGAACAGCGAGAAUCAUAUCAAAGGCUCAUGGAGACAAUAUCAGUACUUCAUCGUCUGGCCACCAGGCUCUCCAGUCGUGCAGAAAUGGUUGGUGCUGUUCGGCAGGAAAAGCGUAUGUCAAAGGCAACUGAAGUCAUGAUGCAGUAUGUAGAAAACUUGAAAAGAACAUAUGAAAAAGACCAUGCUGAGCUCAUUGAGUUUAAAAAACUUGCAAAUCAAAAUUCAAAUCGCAACUAUAGCGGUUCCAUUGAUGGUGGAGAUGAUGGAAUUCCCAGAACUGCAAGAUCUAUGUCUUUAACACUAGGAAAGGCCUUACCUCGACGAAGAGUCAGUGUUGCAGUGGUUCCUAAAUUCAAUAUGCUGAAUAUUCCUGUGCAUCCUCCUUCGGUUAACACAGUUGCUUCAUUAUCACCUCUGUAUGAAACAUCCCCAGGAAAAAGUGUAGGACCCACAAGCCAAGUAUCUGCACCAUUACAUGAAAAUGGAAAACCAAGCGAGCAUCAAGAAGUGGAUAAUUUCUCUUCCUCUUCAUCAUCAAAGAAUCAGGAAGACAUCCCAUUAGAGAUAAAGACAAAGAUUGAAGAUGAUGCAUACAAUAAGGGGUACCAAGAUGGUUUGAAACGAAGCAAAGAGAUGGAGGAAGUGAAAGAUGAAGAGGACAAAGAAUAUGAGACUCAAAGAGAUUUAGAAGAAAACAAAAAUAAAAUGGAAGCCAACAGGGACCAGAUAAAGAACAGGAAAUUUGAGGACGCUUUGGGAUUCAUUAAUACAUUAUUUCCAAAGGCUUUCCAACAGCAGCAGCUGUUGUGGAUAUCUAUUGUAGUUGUAGUGGUGUUAGUUCUCAUGGGCGGAAUUUUCACAUCUUUUAACAAAUCAUGUACUGACGGUUCAGGCAAGUCCACUGAGGAAAGUGUGUGCAAUGGAGAAAAAUCAUAUUUCAGUUGGAACAGCUGACUUUAGGUCAAGGAAUAAAGUAACGAAAAAAGCUAUGGGUAGGAUAUUCAGGUUUAUUUUGACAACUAACUUUUCAUUAUGAAUUCUAAAUUUGUAGUAAUAAUUUAACCAAACAUAAAUUUAGAAUAUUUUUUUAUCAAACUAGUGGCAUUGUUAUGUAAAAUAUAAUAACCAUUCAAGGAAAGUUUAUUUUCUUUGACUAUGAAACAUUCAUAAAUAAGUCAAUCAUUUUUCAGUAUCUUUGCAUUCCAUGAAUUUCAUUGUGAACAUCUGUAGCAAAGGUUAUUCAAAAUACUUGAGGCCAGAUUGGUCAAGCUAUAUACAGUACAGGGGAAUGCAAAUAAUUUGAGUUUAAUUUAUUCACUGCACUGCUGUAGCCUUAUUACUUGUAACAAACUAUAAAGACAUCCAAAAGGCAGACAGAAAUGAUGGCUUAUAUUCUUAGGGACUAAUUUAUAAAGUGAUCACAUGCUCAAAUUUAUGAAUAGAUUUGCUUAUUUCCACAAAAAUAAUAUUUUUUCACCAUAUGGCAUUUUCUGUGUUGCAAACUCAGAGAAGUAUACUUUAAUAUCUGUCUUAGUUUGCCACUCAGUAUAUAUAUUCGUACUAGUCAUGUUAACUGUCAAAGACAGGUAAUAGAAUCAAUUUUAAAAUACUUGAUAUUUCUUGCCCUACAUAAACCUCCAGGUCCUUUCCUCUCUUGCUGCUCCUUCUGCUGGUACUUUCCCAUAAAGCCUGCCUCUCAGAUUUUGUUAUUUUGGGAUGCUUUGCUCACCUCCCAUGUGCUUUUAUACCUCUCAUCUUUGAAAGUGAUAUGCCCUCUACUCCUUUACUUUCUCUCAUGUAUCACACACUCAUACUUUUUUUUCCAUCAUAUUGACCAAUCACAAAAAAAGCAAAACUGGCCAAUCAGAUUGCUAUGAGAGACCAGACAUGCUGACUUUAGCAUUUUAUUUAUAAUAAUAAAUAUAUAUAUCUACUAGGGGGCCUUGCCCCCUGCUCGCUUCGCUCGCCAACCCCCGGGCCAGCAGUACAUGCUAGCCAAUUUGCAGUUCAGCCAUUCAUGUAUGGGGAUGCGGAUGUACAAUUUAAACAGAUUGUUAUUUUCAUGGGAAUUGCUACAUAUUUAUAAUAGAACUAAUUAUUUUACAUUACAGCGAGUAAUUAACCAUAUUAAAAAAGAGUAAAACAUAAUAAUUUGAAAGUAAAUUAUGUUUCAUGUUGCGUUAGAGUUAUUUGUUACAUUAUACAAUUUUGUUCUGUUUGGAUUUAAAAUUAACAUGCAAAUACUUUUUAAACUUACACUUUUACUGUAAAACUUCAGUUAAAAACAAUUUUUUGAAUUAAAUUUUCAUCACUAUCACAUUAAAUUUGAUUCUGUGUUUGGACUUAUAUCGUGACAACACAAAUAUAUAACUGCCCAUGAGUGAAUUUCGUUUCUUUCUCUCUACUAAAUAAAAUGACUUUUUUGAAUGUUUGUCUCUGUGAUUUGUUAAUUGUCUUUGCAAAAGCUAUUAUAACGGGAAACUGUUAAUGUUUUAAUACAAAUGGCAUAUCAAGAUCUCCUUUGGUGUCUAAUGUUAUCCAUGGGAGAUGUACUACAUUACCUUACUUGGAUAUAUACUUCUUUCAAUAGUAAUUCGGGCGGUGGAAGACUGUACGAUGUUAACGGUUGAGAUAUUCUUCGGGAUAUUGUAAGUUGAUGUUUUCUUCCGCACGAUCACCACCAACUGUUUCAGCAUAGUCUAUUGAUAUGUUUUUAACCAAUUUGCUGUGUAACCGAUCGACAGUUUUCACAUUAAAUCAUUUGACUUCAUUGUUUCUCGGUGCUAUGAUUGCCCAUGUACUCAUUUCUUCUGUUGAUAACCCUUCAGGAUGAAAUUAUCCAGUAAGAUUUGGACAUGAUAAGUCUUAUUUUAUUGGGAACUUAAAGUGAGGAAAACGUAAAAAAUUAUAACAGCUAAGAGAGCAGGAACUGUGUCUCUCAAAAGCAUUCACACAAAUGAGAGAUGAGAGGGCCGUGUGAAUGGUUGAAUAUGGUUGAGAGGUGGGCGGCACUUGAAAAAAAUCUCAUGGUCAAAGUUUCGUCUCGCGAGACUUGAAAUUAUCUCUUUCAAAAAGUCUUGUCUCAGGAUUUCCUUUUAUAAUAGAGAGAUUUUUUUUUUUCCCUUGUAACAUCACUCGUGAGGACAGCUUAGAAAACAUUUCAACAGGAAAAACAAUUUUACUGAUACAGCAGUAAUACAGCUUAUUAAAAACAGAAUAGAACCUGACCAUUAAACCAUUUUUAAAGCAUGUAUCCUCCAGAAAAUAGCCUGAAAGACUGUGCUUGAAUAACCAGGAACCCCCUAAAAUUUUUAACAAAAUAAAAAGAAAUAUUUUCUUUAUACAAUGCUACCCUAGUUAAAUGCAGUAAAUUGAACCAUCAUCACUAAAAGCACAGACCUGUGGUGCUCUAGAAUGUGUCAUAAUCUUUCUGUUUAUUUUUGUAUUUUUUAUUUCUCUCCAUGUCAUUGAAGCAGUACUGCUGAUGCUGAGGCUUACCUGUCCCUGCCCAUUUUCCUGCAGUUGUGGAGACCCCUGCUUAUGUCAGAAUAAUCUUAGACCAAAGCCACUCUUGGUUGGAAAGCUAAGCUUAGAGAAAAUCAAGAGCUAAGGAAGAUGUCACCUAAAUGCAAAAUAGAGUAGUCAGAAGCAAAGGAGAAACAGGGAAAUAUUAUAAGCCAUAAACCUGAAAUUCCUUAAGCCUUGCGCAGUGAUAUAGAGUUAAUAGCUUUUUAUAAUAUUCUCUUCAUUAAUAAUUGAUUUGAGUUGUCUGACAAACCAGUGCACUGUGCAAUGCUGCUAUCUAAAAACCAGAAUUACAAAGUGUUUAAAUGACAGGAAAUGGCAUACAGUAAAUUAGACACAUAAAGUCAAGAGUUUUAUAAUAAAAUUGCAAUUUAUAAUAGACAUUAUACACUUGCAAAUGUUCUUUUUAAUAAUAUUAAACUUUCCCUUUGGCACCAUGUACAGCCAAAAAAAGUUCAUAAAAGAAAUAAAUCAUAAACCUAAACAGAGUGGAUGUAUGGGAAAGACAAAACAUUUCGGACGUUUCAGACUGAGUUAAAAAAAAUUAAAAUAGAUUGUUGAUGUUAUUAAUUAAAUCAGAAGUAAAUAAUAUUCAGUAACCUGUUUUUGUAAAUAACUUAAGGGCCCCAAAUUGCCCCACAAGGUAUUUUGGCAUGACUUCAUGUUUCUUAUGGUUGAUGGCUACUUUUUGAAUCGCAUCAAUCUGUUCCUCUUUAAGUAUUCCUAUAUUGUGCAUAAUUAUACAUAUAGUUGUUUAAACUGCAUUUAUAGAAAAUAUAAACUAUUCAGGGAAAAAUAAAAGAAAAAAAACUCAUCUCUCAGAAAUUCAAUAGACAUAUUACCCAUCUCUUACUGCUCUCAGCUUAUUAAACCACCAUCUAGUAGAUUCAGUGUUUGUGAGUCAAUCAUGUUAAGUAUAUUUCAGUUAUAUGUAAAUUCAGCAAAGGGCAAACAGCAACUUAGAAUAAGCAUGGUGUGUGGUACCUUUAUUAAUUUGAAAAAUAUAUUUUCAAUUAUUCCCCCUGCUCAUUUCAUUGUUUUUAUUUUUCAGUCUUUCGUUGUGCUGUGAAGGUGUUUUAGGGUAGUUAUACAUAAAUGUCGGUCUGAAAUUGAGAUGCAUUGUCACUUUCUCAGCAGUGGCAUUUGUGUUAAGUUUAUUUAGGAUCUGAGAUAGGAGUUUGUACAUUGCACAAAACUUUUUGGGAUAUGAUCACUUUUUAAAUGAAGUCCAAUGUCCUAGCAGUCUUGACAUUUGAUAAGACAUUUUGGAAUCAUUCAUCACUUUACUGGCAUAUUCUAUGACACCAAGAGCAA